CUGUCUUAGUGUCUCUAGCUCUCCUGUUGCUUUCUUCUUGUGUAUUUUGGUUUAUCUUUUCUCUACCUCUCACCCUAAACCCUAUACACUCCACACCACACUCCACGACUAUCGCACACUGCCAUAUUUGUUUGCUUUUUUUCUGUCACUUCUUAUUCUUGCUCUCACACACACACACACACAUAUAAAUUUUCUUUUUUCAUAUUUUUUCUUUUAUCAAUAUGACCACACUAACCACCGCCGCCGCCCACGCCAACGACGAUCUUUCUGCCUUUAAGGUCUCGGCCCAGAUUGCGCCGCUGGUUUCUUCCGAGGUCCCUGCCACUGCUUCCCCUUGGUCGGUUUUCCCUGCUUGGGUCCAGGAGGCCCUUAAGGUUGUUUUUAACAACCUUAAGAACCAUUAUCUCGAGUCUGUUUCUGCCAAAAAACAGAUAGAAAAGUUAGAAGACUACCGUACUUCAACUUCUUCAUGGCCGCAAUUCGUCCUUGCUGCUGUCCCUGGCCCCGCCUCUUUUUCGGUAGACUCUACCGUAGUCUCCGAGGAAGAACGUUCUUCCAUGUCAGCUGCUAUCCAGCAAGCUGUCGAUGCCGCCCACCUCGUUGUUUUCCAACAGGCCCUACAGGCCAAGAAAUUGGCUUGGCAACGUCACCACGAUCUGGCUGACUCCUCCCGUGCGCUCCGGUCUCUCCGCUGUCGGUUUUUUGAAAACCUUCAGGCCAUGGGUAUUUUGGCGGACAAUCAAAAUCCAUAUCUAGGUUUGUUGUCCCGCUCGCUGUCCCAUCUUGGAUAUAUGAUUCAAGAUCUGGAUACCAAGACUCGUUGGGCGUCUGUCUCCGCUGCUCGCGCUCGGGAUAAGAAGGAUGCCGCCCGUUCUGCCGCCGAUAUCGUCAUGAGUGACACGUCCGUCGCCUCGAAAUCGGUUGAAAAGUUGGUCGAUGAACGACUAACGCAGAAACUCAAGUCGCUCGCCUAUCGGGAAAAGGCCCCCGUCCCUGGGUCCCUGGCUCCGCCCAGGGACGGAUUCAAAAAGGAGUCAAGGCUCCAGGCAAGCCCACCACCAAGUCCGCUGCCAAGACCAACAACAACAACAACAAAAAACGUUUGGCCCCCGCCCCCACCCCGUUCAAGUCCCUCAAAAGGGCAAAAAAUCCCUCCUCCGCCUCCCCCUCCAAAAAGAAAAAAUAAAUAAAAAUAAU